AUGGCGGACAGAUACAUCCCAGAACAUCGUCGCACCCAGUUCAAGGCCAAAAACACCUUCAAGCCCGAUGAGUUGCGUCGCCGACGUGAGGAACAGCAGGUCGAAAUCCGUCGUCAGAAGAGAGAGGAGAAUCUAGCCAAACGAAGAGGGGUUCAGCGUGGAAAUGGCGAGAUCGGAAUCGGCGGCCUUACGGAGGCGGACAGCGACGAUGAAGCCGGCAACAUUGAGAGCGAGCUCAGCACAGAACUGCCUGAAAUGGUCAAGGGGGUUUUCUCAGAUCAGAUUGACGCCCAGAUCCAAGCCACCACCAAAUUCCGAAAACUCCUGUCCAAAGAACGCAACCCGCCUAUUGAGAAAGUCAUCGAAACCGGCGUCGUUAGUCGCUUCGUCGAAUUCCUCCGUUCUCCUCACACUCUUGUCCAAUUUGAGGCAGCCUGGGCCUUGACAAACAUUGCCUCCGGCUCCGCAGCACAGACACAGGUGGUUAUUGAGGCCGGUGCAGUGCCCAUUUUUGUUGAACUCUUGAGCAGUCAUGAACCGGAUGUUAGGGAACAGGCGGUCUGGGCUUUGGGUAACAUUGCUGGUGACAGCCCGGCUUGCCGCGAUUAUGUUCUUAGCCAAGGGGCCUUGAAGCCUCUUCUCAACUUGAUCGCUGAUGGGCGUAAGCUGAGCAUGCUCCGUAACGCCACCUGGACUUUGAGCAACUUCUGUCGUGGCAAGACUCCGCAGCCAGACUGGAAUACGAUUUCCCCCGCUCUCCCUGUUCUCGCGAAACUUGUGUACAUGCUCGACGACGAAGUCCUCAUCGAUGCGUGCUGGGCCAUCUCCUAUUUAUCCGACGGUUCCAACGACAAGAUCCAGGCUGUGAUUGAUGCCGGCAUUCCUCGACGCCUCGUCGAACUUCUCAUGCACGCCUCGACGUCCGUCCAAACCCCUGCAUUGCGUUCCGUUGGAAACAUUGUUACUGGCGAUGACGUCCAGACACAAGUGAUUAUCAACUGUGGUGCAUUGCCUGCGCUUCUGUCUCUGCUCAGCUCCCAGAAGGAUGGAAUUCGCAAGGAAGCAUGCUGGACCAUCUCCAACAUUACUGCUGGCAACAGUACUCAGAUCCAGAGUGUCAUCGAUGCCGGCAUCAUUCCUCCUCUGAUCCAUCUGCUGUCUAAUGGAGACUUCAAGACCCGUAAGGAAGCGUGCUGGGCCAUCUCCAAUGCCACCUCUGGGGGUCUCCAGAAGCCGGAUCAGAUCAGAUAUCUUGUGUCACAGGGCUGUAUCAAGCCGCUCUGCGACCUGCUGGCUUGCCCUGAUAAUAAGAUUAUCCAAGUCGCCUUGGACGGUUUGGAGAACAUUCUCAAGGUUGGGGAGAUGGACAAGGAGGCGGCUGAUGCACGCGCCCCUGAGGCCCAGGUCAACCGAUAUGCUUUGUUCAUCGAAGAGGCCGGUGGUAUGGAGAAGAUCCAUGACUGCCAGAACAAUGCCAACGAGGAGAUCUACAUGAAGGCCUACAACAUCAUUGAGCGGUAUUUCUCGGAUGAAGAGGAUGCUGGCGCUGAUAUUGAAGAGCUCGCACCACAAGCCAAUGCCAGCGGGUUCACACUUGGUGCGAACCAACCUCAAGGCCAGUUCAACUUUGCCAAUGGCAAUGAUUCCAUGGAUAUGUAA